ACGCAUGAGACAUGCCUGUUGCUCUUCGACCUUUAGACAAGGCAGACGUACGAGUGUGCUGCAUGCAGGGCUAAACACACGUACCUAGACCUCCAUCCCUCCAUAUCUCCAUUCCACCAUCCCUCAUCACGCGACGGACCGUGAGCCUUCCUCGUCGAUGAUGCCUCACCCCGCAGCGCACAUGCUAACCGUCUGCCCAUCGCCAUCCGAAAAGCGCCAUGGCCAAACCCUCGCCGCGGCUUCACGGCGCCGCCAUCGCGUUGCCGUUGCUCCGAGCCUUCUUCCGGUCGAGACCAAUCCCCCCCCCCCCACGCGAGUCCAAUCUCCCCCCCGCAAAGCCGCACAUCCCCCUCCUCCCCGCAAGUCCAAUCUCCCUCGCGCGGGUCCAGUCACCCUCUGCGCAGGCAUCCCAGGAGUCACUCCAACAGCGACAGCCGUAAUUACUGGCACUUCUCGCAGACAUCCGCUGCUUUUCGUGCUUCCGAUCUGUUUCCAACUCCCACCAGCAGCAGCCUCGACUCUCCUCCAUUAUCGCGCUCUGGUUCUAGCGCGUGCUCUGGCGCGUUUGACCCGCGUGUGUUCCUAACGAAAUUACUGUCGCUUGGGUGUGAGUAGCGCGCACUCUGACGCGCGUUUCUGGACACUUGUAGUUUCUCGAGGCUAGUGCUUCUUGUGAGAGAUUUCUGGAGAAUUCUCAAUUCGCGACUUUAAAGUCGACUCAAAAAUCACCUGAGGCUAGUGCUUCUUGUGAGAGAUUUGUGGAGAAUUCUGAAUUCGCGCAUGGAGCGCGGGAAAGGGAGGGAGGAGUUAGGCGAGCGCGGCCCCACGUCCGAAACCCGCUUCGCCACUGGACUUUCCCGCCCGGGGGAAAUCGGCGAGGCACCGCCCCCCGCCCCCUUCUUCGCGGUUGCAGCAGGCGGCGGGCGCCCUCCCCCGCGGCCCCCCUCCGAGGCUCCGCGCGCAGGCGCUGGCGGCGUCCCCCAGAGGCAGCCCACCCCCCCGCUCGGCGUUCUCCCGAGGGAGAGGCCCCCAUCUCCGCCCAUCCCCGCCCCGCACCUGCAGCCCCCGGGGCUUGGUCAGCCCGCGCACCCCACUCCGCCUGGGGGCCUGGGGCAGCUGGCGCAACCCACUCCGCCGAAGGAGCGCCAGCCGCAGCCGCAGCAGCCUCAGCCCCAGCAGCCGCAGCAGCCGCAGCUGCAGCCGCUGCCGCCGCACCUGGCGGCGGUGCGAGCGGCGCAUCCCAUCCACCUGCCGAUCUCCGCCGAGGAGCAGCAGAGGCAACGCGCGUGGGGGAGGGAGGCGGGAGAAGGCGCUGCUGGGGGCGCUGCUGCUGCUGGCGGGGUUGCUGUGGGUGGUGCGGGGGGCGAGGGCGCGGUGACAGUGUCGAUCUCGCGGGCGGGCAUGAUGGUGAAGCCAGACAGCGUCUUCCGCCUGCGCCUGGGCGUGCGGCCGCUCUCCGGCGAGCUGGAUCACGAGUCCCUGGGCCGCCUGCACUCCUCCAACUACUGCUAUGGGCUGGCUGUGCUGCUCGCAGGUCUCGCCCUCGUUGCAGUCUCUGCAGUUCCGGGUGUCCAGAUUCAGCCUCUCCUCGCCGGCCUCCUCAUCGGCAUGGGUCUGGUAACCGGGUUACACGCGCUCGUACUAUUCACAGCGCCAGGCGCCAUAGCCCUCGUCUUACUAGCCGCCGUGCACGCAGCCUUCGGGGCGUGGCUGUACCAAGCCCCCUCGGACCAGUUCCUCCUCAUUCUCGCGCUCUGGUUCGCCGCGCAAGCCCUCUCGAAGCUCUUCCUAGCCGGCCUUCUCAGCGUCAUCAACUCCUAUGUGGCGCUCGUGGUGAUGGCGGUGGUUGGGCUUGGCCUGUCUGCCGUCUCGUUCUUCCUUUUCAACGAGAGCACGCCGACUUGGGCCAAGGGGGUGCUCGUGGGCGGGUAUCUGAUGCUCUAUGGCGUUGCCUUCCUCCUCAUUGCGUGCAUGGCGUUUGCUGGUCGCCGCCUGUUGGAGGAGGAUAUGGAGGAGCGCCAGCCGCUGUUCCUCGUCGUGGAUCCGCACCAUUGACCUUGUCACCAUUGACCUCGAUUUGCAGCAACUGUUGUCGUCGUGGAUGCGCACCAUUGACCUUGCUGCAGCCGUUGUUCCCUGUCGUACGCUGCCAUAAAGUCGAUAGUUUCCCCUGUAUCAAUGGUGUAUCUUAUGGUGCGCAUGCUCACCUGUGAUCACCAUUCAUCUGCUUUCACACGGAAAAUUGCUGCACAGCUGGCUGUUCUUCGAGUUGAGGCAGCUUUUGGCCCAACUAUGCACAGACGCUUUUCCUGCAGCUAGUGGCACAUUCUCCUGUAGUCCAGGUUUAUGUAGGUUCACUGCUUUUACUGUAGCUGUGCCCUUAGCUUGUUGAUAGGUUCAAAAUCCGAAGCAUGUUGUGAACGCAAAACUGCGUGUAAUGUAGGCAUCGUAUUGUCACACUGC